UUUCGCAUUAUGAAGACGACGACUCUUACUCUCUGUUGAUUCAAUUGCCUCAGAGUCUACACACACACAGAGACUAGAAUUCUCAAAGGUUUGGGGGUUUGGGGAAUUGAUGGCGUUCGUUGACGAUGAUGAAGAGGAAGAUUACUCUGUUCCUCAAUCAGCUUCGAAUUACUAUUUCGAAGAUGAUGAUAAGGAGCCUGUGUCGUUUGCUCGUCUGCCAAUUCAAUGGACCGCGAAGGAGAAAGUUGAUGGGAGUGCGUCAGGUUUUUACUUGAGAGGAAGAUCUGGUGAUGGGCUUUUGCCUCUGCAUAAGCUUGUUAAGGCUUGGAGAUUCGACCUUUCUAACUUUAGACCGGAGAUUUCUGUUCUUACCAAGGAUAAUAUCUGGAUUAAGCUUGAGGAACCGAGGAAAAGCUACGCCGAAUUGAUAAGAACUGUUUUGGUUACCUUGUAUUCCAUUCAGUUUCUUAGGAGGAAUCCCCUAGCGUCGGAGAAAUCCCUCUGGGAGAAAUUAACUAGAAGUUUGAGGUCAUAUGACGUGAAGCCAUCGCAGAAUGAUUUGGUGGAUCACAUUGGCUUAAUCGCUGAAGCUGCUAAAAGAGAUGUCAAUUUGGCGAAAUCAAAGUUUAUACUUGCAUUUCUCGCAAAGAAGCCUACCAAAAGGAGAUUACCUGAUGAGGACAAUGCAAAGGAUGAUUUCAUAGUAGGAGAUGACAAUACUUAUGUAGCUUCCGAUGAAGAUGAAUUGGAAGAUGAUGAAGACGAUGAUUUUUUUGAGUCUGUUUGUGCAAUAUGUGACAAUGGUGGCGAGCUUAUGUGUUGUGAAGGAAGCUGCCUGAGAUCUUUCCAUGCUACCAAAAAAGAUGGCGAAGAUUCCCUUUGUGAUUCUCUUGGCUUUACCAAGAUGCAAGUGGAAGCAAUUCAGAAGUACUUCUGCCCAAACUGUGAGCAUAAGAUACAUCAAUGCUUCAUUUGCAAGAACCUUGGCUCUUCUGAUAAUUCGGCUGGGGCAGCAGAGGUUUUCCAAUGCGUGUCAGCCACCUGUGGCUACUUUUACCAUCCUCGUUGUGUCACAAGACGGCUACCUUUAGGAAAUAAAGAAGAGUGUGAAGCACUAGAGAGACAAAUCAUUGCAGGAGAGUUUACAUGCCCAUUGCACAAAUGCAGUGUCUGUGAAAGUGGAGAGGUCAAGACAGACUCUAACUUGCAAUUUGCUGUUUGCCGGCGAUGUCCGAAGUCCUAUCAUCGAAAAUGCCUGCCGCGGGAACUUUCAUUUCAAGAUAUUGAGGAAGAGGAUAUAUUUACUAGGGCAUGGGAUGGACUCUUGCACAACCGUGUACUCAUAUAUUGCCAAGAACAUGAGAUAGAUGAAGAACUCCUGACACCAGUUAGAGACCAUGUUAAGUUUCCUUUCACAGAAGAAAAGAAGGCCUUAAUGAAAGAAAAAAGAAGGAUACUGGAAUCACAUGUGGGACGAGAUAAAGCGAGACUUAGGGGUAAGGAUCUGGCCUUACAAGAUACUUGUGGAAGAGCUUCUGUUAAUUCCGUUAGAAGUUCGUUUCCUUCUUCAAAAGAUCGUGUCUCAACAAAGAAGCAUGGAUUAGUUUCAUCUGUACCAGACCAUUUUAGGAAACGAAAGGAUGUUGAUCCAUCCGUAAAAUAUAAAGUGGUUCCACAAAAAUCCCAGAAGAUGAUGGAAGAGUCCGGUGAAGCUGGCAAAAACAAGCUGGGAGUGAAAGAGUCACGCGAAGUUGGUAAAAGCAAGGUUUCACUGGGUGAAAAGUUGUUUAAUUACAUCCAGGAACCUAACCGAGUAAAGCCUGGGCACGUGAUUCCAGUUGAUAGCAAGCACAAUAAGACUGACUCAAUUGCCUCCAAGGAUCCAGGAAGUGAAAUUCCUGCAUUAGACAACGACUCUCAAAGGAGGCUCUUGGCGGUCAUGAAAAGAGCUACGGAAGAGAUAACUAUGGGUACUAUUCUUAAGAAAUUCAAAGUUCAAUCUACUAUGCACACAAACUCCACAAGGAAUGUUGUGGACAAGACGAUCACUAUGGGGAAGGUAGAAGGAUCAGUUCAGGCUGUCAGAACAGCACUAAAAAAGCUUGAGGAAGGAGGAAACAUUGAGGAUGCAAAAGCAGUUUGUGAGCCAGAGGUUCUGAGCCAAAUCCUCAAGUGGAAGGAUAAGCUCAAAGUUUAUCUUGCUCCUUUUCUCUAUGGUGCACGCUAUACCUCCUUUGGUCGUCAUUUUACUAAUCCUGAAAAACUUCAACAGAUUGUUGAUAGGCUCCAUUGGUAUGCAGAAGAUGGUGAUAUGAUUGUCGACUUCUGUUGUGGUGCCAAUGACUUUAGCUGUUUGAUGAAAACAAAGCUUGAAGAAACCGGGAAGAAGUGCUUAUAUAAAAAUUAUGAUCUUAUUCAAGCGAAGAAUAAUUUCAAUUUUGAGAGAAAGGAUUGGAUGACUGUAGGCAAAGAUGAGUUGGAACCAGGUUCAAAGCUGAUUAUGGGGCUAAAUCCACCUUUUGGAGUCAAUGCAUCUCUUGCAAACAAGUUUAUUACUAAGGCUCUUGAGUUUCGCCCAAAGAUUCUCAUCCUCAUUGUUCCUCCCGAGACUGAAAGGUUGGAUAGAAAGAAGUCAUCUUAUGUGCUUAUAUGGGAGGAUAAGACGUUCCUAUCUGGAAAUUCGUUUUACCUGCCUGGUUCUGUCAAUGAUGAAAACAAACAAUUGGAAGACUGGAAUAUUGUUCCUCCACCACUUUCUCUCUGGAGUCGAUCUGACUUUGCAGCCAAGCACAAGAAAAUAGCAGAAAAGCAUUAUCACUUGUUUAGAGAUGCGGCGAGCUCAAAUUUAAAGAAAGUUGAAGACGAAGCAAACGCAUCUUUGUAUCCACUUGAAGUUUCUGAUGGCAUGUGUGAUGGAACUACUAUGCCUAGAGAUAGCCCUUUUGCGUUGGACAACAAAGAUGUUCCUAUGGAAAAGGAUGAACUUGAGGUAGCAGAAUGCGUUAAUAACAUUUUGCUCUCUGAGAAAAUCGAAGCGCGGGAAACUAUAGGACGUGUACAUCAGUCAGAUCACUUGUCAAGGAGAAGUCAACUGGAAAAGGAGGAAAAGACCAAAGACUACUCUGGUAGGAACCUUGGGAAGUCCAUGGGUUCUAAUGAUGUGGCUUUGAAGAGCAAUGACAUGGAAGAGGGUCUAGGAGAGUUGAAUAGAGCACCGGAGAGCAUCAAAGUAAAUAUUCCCGAAAUAUCAUCUAAUUGGCAGAGUCCUGUUAGGUCUUCCCCAGAUGAUAUAUAUGCUGUCUGCACAUCAAUCUCCAAUACAACAUCUCAAAGACCUCACGAGUCUGUUGAAGUAUCUCUGCCUGCAAUAACGAGGACAAAAAGUAACUUGGGAAAGAAUAUUAGAGAACCUGAUGGUAAAGUGCAGGGCACUAGAAAACCUGAAGUGACACCGAAUAGGCCAAACUCUGUAAGAUCUUCUGGAGAGGACAUCUACACUGUCCGUCCAUCGCCAGCAAAUACUGGUCAGAAACCAUUUACUGCUUUUGAACCAUCUUAUGGUGCAAGUAUAUCCCAUUUCGACGAUGGUCUUGCUGCUAGGUAUGGUUUUGGUGGAGGCUACAGAAUGCCGGAUCCUCCUUUCAUACCGGAUCAGUUUCCGUUGGCAACAUCCAUGAGAAAUGGUCCUAACGAGAUGUUUGAUUACCGAGGAUAUUCAGACCUCCAUAGAGGGGUUGGUCCAAGAGAGUAUUCAGAGCAGUACGCUGGGCAUUUGGACCCCAUGUUAGCUCCUCCUCCUUUAAAUCUGAUGGACAAUACAUUCCCAUUGCAACAACGUUAUGAGCCUCACUUCGAUCAGAUGAAUUACCAGAGGAUGAGCUCUUUCCCACCUCAGCCUCCAAUGCAACCUAGUGGACACAGUCUCUUUGAUCCUCAUGGCUUUCCACUGCAACCGCCACCACCUCCACCACCUAGUGACUUUGAUAUGAGUCCAAGGGGUUUUGCGCCUGGGCCGAACCCAAACUACCCUUAUCUUAGUCGAUCUGGCGGUUGGAUUAAUGAAUAGACUAGCGCUAACUAUCCUUGUACAACAUAAAUAGUUUGAUCAAUCUUUUGUGUCUCACUCUCUGAAAUUGUAGGAAAAAGAGAAGAAAUCUGUAACUGUUCUCUGCCACUCAUGUCUAGCUAGUGGGCCUUUUGGCUGUUUAAUAAUAUUAGAAAAAGGAAGCCAGCCUUCAAUU